AUGGUUGGCUGCUUUGGAAAGAGUGUUAAGGUUGAACUCAAUGGAACUGCAAUUCGAUUUAAGUCAUUAUGUGAUUAUGCUGAUCUCUUCCUUAAAUGUGCUGAGAAGUCCAAACUUAUGCCUCUGCCAAGGAUUCAUGCCAAAAUAGGUGAUAGGUGGGAGAUUUGCGUCAGUCUAAGUGAUGGGCAAUUUCAACAGGUCAGCUUUGUUAACUCAAUUGCUACAAUCAAGGGUGGGACACAUGUUGAUUACAUCACCAAUCAGAUUACUGCCUAUAUAAUGAACAAAGUAAACCAGAAAAAGAAGGAUGCACAUGUGAAAGCUCACACAGUCAAGAAUCAUUUGUGGGUUUUCGUCAAUGCUCCGAUUGACAAUCCUGCCUUUGACUCUCAAACUAAGGAGACACUGACAACUAGACAAGCUAGUUUUGGUUCUAAAUGUGAUGUUCCAGAAUCGAUGUUGAAGGAUGUUGAAAAAUCUGGAAUAGUGGAUACCCUCCUAUCAUGGGCAAAUUUUAAACAGAAAUGGACAAGCCGACCCAUCUUAUCACUCCUCCUCAAUUACGAUCUGGGUCAUUCGCAAAACCGGUUCUUGAUGCAUGUGACGCUGAUGUGGUCUUUGUUCCUUUUUUUCGCUACUCUUAGCGCUGAAUUGCAAUUGGGUACGGCUAAAGGAGUCUUCGGGAAGAAAGAUGGGAACAAGGAUUACCAGAGGCAGAGGGAGGUUAUUGAUUUUGUGAAUAAAACUCAAGCUUGGAAUCAUUCCGGCGGUCGAGAUCAUGCGUUUGUUCUCACUGGUUAUGUUAAAACUGAAGCAUUGUUUGGCAGACCCGGUUGCAAUGUGGCAUUUGAAAGAUGA